AUGGGGAGAAGUGGUUCAAGGUCUCUGUCAUACACUCACCGCUCCAAUUCCUAUCGCCAUAGUCAGAGAAGCAUAAGGGACCCAAGUUCUUCCCCCUAUCAUUCCACUACCAAUUCCAGGAGAAGCAGCCGUUCAAGUUCCCUCAGCCGCCAACGCAGAAGUAGGUCUUCCUCGUUAUCUCCUUUCCCCAAAUCGUCCAGUUCCAGCCCUAGUCGUGCAUCCACUGAUCGGAAUCAUUCCAUAGAGAUGCUUAAGAAAGAGGAAGAAGAGAAGAAAAUGCGUAAAACAGAGUUGAAGAAGUUAGAAGAAGAUGCAGCUAGGAGGAUGGAAGAACUAAUUCAGAAGAAUGUUGAAGAAAGGCUAAACUCUGAAGAGACUAAAUUAGAAAUACAGAGACGAAUAGAGGAAGGUCGCACGAAGUUGUUUAAUGAUGUUGAUGUGUGGCUUGAGAAAGAGAAAGAAGCCGCUCUUACUGUUACAAGACAAAAAGAAAAACAAGCACGAAACAGAAACUUUCUCAUACGACCUGAGAGUUACAUUAGCCGCAAUGCAUCUCAUGGACAAUGCAAAACUAUGGUAGUUCUCGAAG